AUGGAUCUUGAUCUAACUGAUGUGGAAAUCAAUGAUCAUGUUCCGUUAACGUCACGUGAUCGGUAUUUUUUCAAUGAAUUGAAUCGUUUUAUGACUGAUGAAUCAGCGAAAGUUGGUAAAACUCCAUCGAAAGAACGAUUUGCUGUUUACCGUUUAGCAUUUGAAAAAAUCAUUGAUAAAUCAGCACUCUACCGGCCGUUAUUUCGUGCGAUCAAACAAGAAUACGAACGAUGCAUUGGAGUAUUAGAAUCCGGAGCAGAAGAAGUAUACACAAUGACUGGCGAUUUGCAUCGCCUAGUUUUACAACCGAAAACCUUUCUUCUUCACCAACAGCGAUGUAUGGAAUUAGAAGACAAACUUUCAAUCAUCGAACAAGACAAUCGAAGACUUGAAGCAGAGCUAGCUGACAUGGUAAAUCAAACGAAAUUGAACGAAUUACAAGUGCCGAAACCAACGAAUGAAAAUUCCAGUUCAUUUCCAGAAUUAUACACGGGCCGGAGACGUAUACCAGGCUUAACAUUGGCAGAGCAGACGGAUUUGAAAACUUUGGAGAAAUACUAUGAAUUUAUUCGUGAUAAAUCUUCCGAACUUGAUCAUAAUGCUUCCACGAAGUAUACAACGAAAGAGAAACAACGAGAAAUGCAAGCUUUAUUCGAAGAAAAACUCGCCGAAUUAGAUAAAGAGCGUGAACAUCGACUAACCUUACGGAAUCGUUUAAGAUUAUAUCAUCUAAUUUGGAGAACAAUCAAGAAAUAUGCUGAAAAAGAAACGGGAAACUCCAUGUUAUUAGAAGAUCUGAUUAAGAAAGCAGUUUAUGAAUCAACAAAUAUUUUUCAGAAAGUUGGACAAGAGGAAGACGAAGAUGAAUAUAAUAGUGAAUUUUUAUAUGAUCGAGAGGCAGGAAUUUUAGUUGAACAUAUCGAAAUCUUUCUUAAUAUGAUUGAAAGUGGAAACUACAAAGAAGCAUCAUACGUUGCAGCAUGUAGUCCAAAAGGUGUAUUGAGAAACAUGGAAACAUUGUUGAGAUUUAAAGCAUUGAAGAAGCCAGUAAAUGAAGAUGCUAGUCCAUGGCUUUUUCAUUGUAAAGUCUUAGCAGAAACGGCCCUUGAAGCACCCAUUAAACCGGAUCUACUCAUAUCGUUAGAAUGUGCGAAAGCCGCAUGUCAUGAAAAUCAACUUAAUCUUCUUUACAAGUGGAUCGCCGAAGAUAGACUGACGUAUUCUUUAGAAAUGGCGCAGCUUCUCGAACGAUUACAAGCAUUCGAUUUAGCAGAGUUUAUCUAUCGAAAACUCGGUGCACAUGUCGAUGUCGCUUCGUGUUUAUUACAAACCGGUAAUUGUCAACACUUUGAUUAUCUGUCAUAUGCCACUUAUCCGAUAGGUUCGUCGAAACGAUGUCUGGAUUAUCUAAUUGCAAAUGCGAAUUCAAUUCCGAAUAUGAAAGAUACAUUGACUGAAUUAUUCCAUCAACAUCCAUCGAUUAAAUUUGCUAUUGAUAUUGUGAAGAAUGCGCCGAUGACGUAUUUACAAGGUGAUGAAUUAGUCCUUCUUUUUCUGCAGCUUGAUCAACAUUUCAACGCAAUUCAGUUUGUUGAACAAUUAAUGCAAGAAAAAGAAGUUGUCUGUGAAAUUGAAAAAGAAAAAUUGCAACGAUGUUUCGAUAUCCUCCAAAAGUACUCUUAUCUGGCGGAAGAUAAAACUCCAACGCCAAAAAUUGAAGAAGAGGAGGAAGAAGAGGAACUGAAAGGCAGUGAGACUGAAGCUGAAUUAGUUCAUCGCUUAACACGACGCAUAACACGUUCAGCGUUGAACCGUCUGCGACGAGCGCGUCGACGUAGUAGUACUAAUAGUAUUGUACUGGAACCAAUUCAAGAAAAUCCUACAUCAUUACGUCCUUCGCCGCACCCAUCGCCCUCGUCGCCAUCAUUAUCAUCAUCAUCACCUCGGCCAUCGCUGUGUCAUCAAGAUUUUUUUAAUGAUUUCUCCAACAAACUCUACUUUACUCAUGAUGUCGAACUUGAAAAGGAUGAUUUGAAUGAAACGAACAUUUGA